UCGAGACCGAUUUCGACCGUUCGACAACUCCAGCGCCAACGGGACAAACGACAAGAUGGCCCUCGCUAAGAAGCACGUCCCUAUCGUCAAGAAGCGCACCAAGCGUUUCUUCCGCCACCAGUCCGACCGCUUCAAGUGUGUGCCGGAGUCAUGGCGCAAGCCUAAGGGUAUCGACAACCGCGUCCGCAGACGCUUCAAGUCGAACAUCCCUAUGCCCUCCAUCGGUUACGGCAGCAACAAGAAGACCCGCCACAUGAUGCCCUCCGGCCACAAGGCUUUCCUCGUUCACAACGCCAAGGACGUUGAGCUCCUCCUCAUGCACAACCGAACUUACGCUGCUGAGAUCGCCUCCGCUGUCUCUUCCCGCAAGCGCGUCGACAUCAUCGCCAAGGCCAAGGCCCUCGGUGUCAAGGUCACCAACCCCCGUGGCCGUGUCACUACUGAGGCUUAGAUGGAUUGAUUGAAACGACUAAAAAAAGCGAAAAUGAUUCUGGGAAUGAAUUGAUAAAGCGCAGGAACUGGUCACGGACGGAACGGCCAAGACGGACUGGACUGGACCGGACGUCUUAGCAGGACAAUUGAUGGAUAAUCACACAAGACGUGGGCUCGGGACAGGAACGAUUGAUUUUUUUUAUACAUAACCUAACCCACCUACUCAUCCAU